UGCUCAGGAACAUGGAUGAAUAAACACAGGAGGUGAAGCUGCUUGGGAUCAAUGUUCAGGUGCAUUUUGAGGCCAUCUGUGAAGCACCUGGCUUCUCUGCCUGCUUUACUUCAAAUCAGGAUGUCCAGUUCACGUCCACCGCUGGCUGCAGUCUGCCAAGUCACAGCCACCCCUGACAAAGAGGCCAACUUCUCUGCCUGCAAACAGCUGGUGGAGGAGGCCAAAGAGCAGGGGGCCUGCAUGGUCUUCCUGCCAGAGGGAUUUGACUACAUCGGAUCCAGCAGAGAGGAGACGCUGUCCCUCUCAGAGACUCUGGACGGACACAUAAUCACACAAUACGUUCAGCUCGCCAGGAAACUGGAGGUGUGGCUGUCUCUUGGAGGAUUUCAUGAACGAGGGCAUGAUUGGGAGACUGACCGACGGAUUUAUAACAGUCAUGUUAUAAUUAAUGACAAAGGUGACAUCAUGUCAGUCUACAGGAAGUCUCACCUGUUUGACGUCGAGCUGCCAGAAAAAGGUGUGUCGCUUAAAGAAAGCGCCUUCACCAUCCCUGGGCCCGCCCUCGUUCCACCGGUCCAAACUCCAGUUGGCAAGGUGGGACUGGGCAUCUGCUAUGACCUGAGGUUCCCUGAGUUAUCUCUUGCUUUGCAAAGACACGGAGCCGAAGUCCUCACCUAUCCAUCGGCCUUCACCGUAGCGACAGGAGCUGCACACUGGGAGGUGUUACUCCGGGCACGAGCGAUCGAGACUCAGUGCUUUGUCCUGGCGGCGGCGCAGGUCGGCCGGCACCACGACAAGCGCUCGUCGUACGGCCACGCCCUGGCAGUGGACCCCUGGGGCCAGGUGGUGGGUGACUGUGGAGGGGAGAAGCCAGGGAUGGUGCUGGUGCAAGUCGACCUGGAGAAAGUCAUCAGGACCAGGAGGAACAUGCCGGUCCAACAGCACCGCAGAGAUGCAGCUUUUUACAACAGCUUGAACCCAACCUGAGCGAGACUGAACUCAAAGUGUGGAACCAAGCAGGAUGUAGUCCUGAGGAACCAGGCUGAAGGACCAAAUCACAACAUUUAUGUUUAUUUACAUGCUGUUCAGGGAUCUGAUUGAUGAUUAAACGGAGGAGAAUUAUCUUUCAAGUCAGAUUUAAAACAAGCUGAGAUGAUUUUGUUAACUGAGGUGGAAAUAAUCAGUCAAAUGAAUAAUUAAUUAACACAAAUUAAGUUUAUCAAUAAAAAACGGGACCUGAACAUAACAUUACUGGAGACUACGAUGGCCGGUGUACAAAUCUGAUCUUUGUAGAUUCAUAUUUUGAGUUUAAAUUGGAAUCUUCUCUGCUCGGUCCUCCAUUGAUUUGUAAAUAUUCUGUAGGAAGCAACAGAUGGCACUGCUGGGCAAGUCGUAGUAGAUUUCAUGCUACUGCUCAGUUCACUUUCCCAAAAGAGCUAAAACAGAAUAUAAAAGUACAAAUGCAGACUUAAAUAUCAUAAAAAUAAAUAAAUAAGAACUAAAGAUCCCUCAGGACCAUUCCACAAUCAUUACUGGUAUAUUUGAAUAUUUAAUAUAAAAUAUGUUCCUGUAAUCUUUUCUGAUUCUGACUUCCAUGCUGUUGUGCUGAAAGGUUACAUGGAGUCAUAAAUGUAAUAACACAUCUCCUGGUUUUCAUUUCUAUAAAGUACAAAUGUGUU